UAUAUCAGUGGCCUAGGAAGGCCGCGGAUUAAAUCUACCCUUAUCGACCGCUAUGUCCAAUGCACUGCUCUCAUCGGCUGAACGCUUCUCAAUGACGACUGCAGGGCCCCAUAGGUUGUAUUCACUCCACCCGUUAUUCCUCCGCGAUGGGGUAUUCGUGCGGUAUUACUCAUAUGUAAAGUGGGAGCUUUGUGAUCUUGUUUUUGAGCCGCUCACUCUUAGGAGGUUGUCAGUGCGGAGGGGGAAAGAUGCUGGAUUGAUGGGGUAUAUUUCUACCCGCUGUCGGCCAUCAAAAAUCUACUUUCCGUGAAAGGGCGCUCAUUCUCAAACCAUCUAUCGAUAAGUGAUCUCAUAUCAACGUCUGAUCGAUAGCCAACCGUCACGUCUGCGGUACAGGGGUAUUUUGGGAAUUCGUGAGGCCGGGACUUGCUUGCGGUGCCAAUAUUGGAGAAAAUCUUCACGGAAGACGCAGGGAAUGGAAGCGGCAAUGGCGGUGGACACACGGUCGCCUCUGAAGAUGUCGUCACUUUCAUCACAACACUCCACGAACCGUUCUCCCCUCUCGUGAGGUUGGUAUAGUCCAAGACCUGCCCCGUAUAGGGUUGGCAACAGGCGCAAGAGCCGUCAUUUUUCUGUAAAUCAGCCUGACGCUGUCCCGCACCAGGCAGCCGCCCUAACAGUUCAACUGCCGAUGUCGACAGCUAGGCUUGGAAGCGAGCCACGGUGGAUGUCGUUUGACUGAGUUGUUUUCUGCGCGCAGAUAGACUGAGGGCAUCCCUGCCGCAAUAUAUUUCCAACUCAACCGGGGAUUUCACAUCCAACACUACAAAGCAAGAAAUGCUGGCGGCGAUACUGCGAAUCGCGCGGCAUUGGCCGUCCAUAUGGAUCAACGGUGCGACUCAGAAAUUCCAUCAGUAUUGAAAUCGGAAUCAGAGCGCAGCGAGCUCCAAAUCCCCGGCGUUAACCAAUUUCUGCUGCCUCGUGAAAGUGCAGAACAGACGGACGAUGCAGACAACGGAGAAAACAUCAUCUUCUCUCGUCAUCACUGAAGACGGGAUCAUGCCUAUGGAGCGCCGUAGCCGGGUGAAGAGUCUGGAGUCGCCGAGCCCGCGGCGGCGGCGGCUCGCGGAGGAGGGACAGGUCAACCUCUGCGUCAAGUACACCAUCUUCAGCGUCAACGUCAUCUUCUGGAUCGUUGGAGGGGCGGUCCUGGCCAUCGGCAUCUGGGGCAUGGUGGAGAAACGGAACCUUUCGUCCGGAGUGGCCAGACUGACCAACGUGGACAACAGCUUCCUGGCCGUGGUCAUGGACCCGAUGCUGAUCUUCGUGGUCGUGGGGCUGCUGAUCUUCCUCCUGUCCUUCUGCGCCUGUCUGGGAUCCCUGCGGGAAAACACGUGCCUCCUGUCCUUCUUCUCCUACAGCCUGGUCUUCAUCUUCGUGGUGGAGAUCACGGGCGGGAUCCUGGUGUACGUGUACAAGGACUCCAUAGAGCAGGCGCUGGGCAGGGGCUUUAGGACUGCUAUCGUGCGCUACAUAGAGGACAGCGACCUGCAGUUCAUCGUGGAUGAGAUUCAGAUGGGACUGAAGUGUUGCGGCUCGCAGGCGUACACAGACUGGAAUGAAAACAGGUACUUCAACUGUUCCUCUCCCAGCGCCCGUGCGUGUGGCGUGCCGCACUCCUGCUGUCUGUCGGCCUCAGCCAGCUACACACAAGACCAGGUCCUCAACACGCAGUGCGGCUUCAACGCCAUCGGCAUGAAACUGGACGAGGCCCGGGACAGGAUCUACGUGCGGGGCUGCCAGAGAAGCAUCGUGGAGUGGAUCAACAACAACAUGUACCUGAUAGGCGGCGUGUUUGUGGGCGCGGUCAUACUCCAGAUCAUGGCGCUUUGUUUUGCCAGGAAACUGAUCAAUGAUAUCGAACUGAUCAAGGCGUACUGGUAGCGUCCAUUACGUAUAACUGCACUUUUUUUAUUCGGGGCGUUUGGACUGCAAAAUAUCGUGGACCUUUGUUUGAGGAAAAAUGAUCGACACUGAUGCAGAAAUAGUUGCCCCUAUACUAGUAUGUGGUUUCGCGUGCAAGACACUUGGUUUACGUGAUCGUUCUUCGCGAGAAAAGACAUCGAAGGUGCUAAGGAGGACCUCCCAAAUUGUGUUGCCUGUCGUGUUUAUUAUAAGCGGACUUUUGUACUUUGUUUCAUUGUCACCAUAUAUUAGUACUCCUUCACUCGUGUUAACACUUAGGAGAUCGAUCGCCAGAUUUGAUAGUCAUCUACAUCAGUAUCUAUGCGUGCUAUUCACCUAUUUUCUUACCCUUCAGUCUAUGUAUUAAAGUUUGAUAAGCAGAUAGAAACAGAUACCAGAUGGAACACCUAGCGAUCCGAGGAGAAAGUGCAUCGACUUUCUCCGCCCGGUUUCAGGAAGUUCUUCCUAUGCAGCGACUAUUACCAUGUUUCUUACAGAGGAAACCGGCGUUGACCAUGUACAGAGACAGAGAUGUGAUUCCUACUGACGAAGAUACUUAUAUCCUGUUGUUAAUCAUGUGUAACGAAAGUGCCAUGUCUUUGAUAAUUGUUUCUUCUUAUCGUGUUCACUUUUAUUUUGAUGUAAAAUCGCAAGUUUUCGUGAUAAUCACCUAUACUGUGUCAUACUACUAUGUGUGUGCCAUACCAGCAAAAUGGCAAUGAAGUGGUUGUAUAUAUCGACGAGAUGGAUUGGUCAGAUCUCGUCAUGAGAUGCACGUCAAAGCCAACUCGAUCAAUGAAAACUUUCGUUGUAGAAGCCUGCAACCUAUAUUCACAGCCAAAGCCUGCGCUGUUCUCGAGUUUCUCUUACGAGAAAGAUUUUUUGUAACCAAUAAGUGAAAACCUUCGAUGUAAAAAGUUAAUAUGUACAAUACAUUGUGUGCAUAAUGUUUUGAGUGUCCAAAUGAUUGACUAUUAAGAUUAC